GAAGCGGCCCGGGCAGAGACAGUCGCCUGGAGCCCGGGGAAGGAGGCCCUGGCCUGAACUCUCUCUUUGUCCCCGCCCCUCUCAGGUGGGAAGCGCUGGGGCCGGGCGAAGCGGAAACGGCAUGUUUUUUGCUCAGCAAAGCCUCUGCUGCCUUGGCAUUAGGACACAGCUACUGAAGACAGUUUAUCCUGUAAGAGUCUUCAGAUUUUCGACCUCUGCAACAAUGGCCUUCAAGCACAAAAACGCAAAACGAAUUGAAGGGCUUGAUGUCAAUGUAUGGGUUGAAUUUACCAAAGUGGCUGCAGACUCCUCAAUUGUUAAUCUUGGUCAAGGCCUUCCAGAUAUAUCCCCUCCUAGCUAUGUUAAAGAAGAGCUAGCCAAGGCAGCGAAGGUUGAUAGGCUGAACCAGUAUACACGUGGCUUUGGCCAUCCAUUGUUGGUGAAAGCCUUGUCCCAGGUAUAUGAGAAGGUUUGUGGAAGGAAGAUUGACCCUUACACAGACAUCUUGGUGACAGUGGGAGGAUAUGGAUCUCUAUUUAGUGCAAUACAGGGAUUAAUUGAAGAGGGAGAUGAAGUGAUAAUAAUUGAGCCAUUUUUUGACUGUUACGAACCCAUGGUGAAGAUGGCAGGAGGAAAACCUGUUUUUAUCCCACUGAGAUAUAAAACUGUUGUUGGGAACUCUGCAUCUAGUGCUGAUUGGGUCUUAGAUCCCACUGAACUUGCAAGUAAAUUUAAUUCCAGAACAAAAGCUAUUAUACUGAAUACUCCGCACAACCCUAUAGGCAAGGUAUUUACCAAAGAAGAACUCCAGGUAAUAGCUGAUCUCUGUAUUAAACAUGACACCCUGUGCCUCAGUGAUGAGGUAUAUGAAUGGCUGGUGUACAAAGGAAGUAAACACAUUAAAAUAGCUACACUGCCAGGGAUGUGGGAGAGAACAAUAACUAUAGGAAGUGCUGGAAAGACAUAUAGUGUCACUGGCUGGAAGCUUGGAUGGUCCAUUGGUCCACAGCAUUUGAUAAAACAUUUGCAAGUUGUUCAGCAGAAUACACUGUAUACAUGCCCAACUCCGUUACAGGAGGCGUUGGCACAAGCACUUUGGAUCGACUUUAAACGCAUGGAUGACCCAGACUGCUACUUUUACUCGCUGUCUCGAGAGUUGGAAGGCAAGCGUAAUCGGAUGGCUCAGCUACUCCAAGAAGUUGGAUUGAAACCUGUCAUUCCAGAUGGAGGAUACUUCAUGAUUGUUGAUGUUUCUGCACUCAAUGUGGAUCUGUCUGAUAUGGAGGCGAAUCAACAUUAUGAUUAUAAAUUUGUGAAAUGGAUGAUAAAAUCUAAGAAACUGUCAGCAAUUCCUCUUACAGCAUUCUGUGGCCCAGAGACCAAAAAGCAAUUUGAGAAAUAUAUACGUUUUUGCUUCAUCAAACAAGACAGCACACUGGACGCAGCUGAGGUGAUCCUGAAGAACUGGAAUAAACCUACAUCUUGAUUUUUAUAUUUGUAUUAGUUAUUGCAUCUGGUAUAAUUAUUUUAUACAUAGGUAUUUCAUUAUACCAUUAAAAGUUAAUGUACUCUAAAUACAGUACGAUUCAUAUGAAAUUGCAAAUAACUCUGGGAGGCUACCUGCUGAGUAGCUAAAAUAACAAUUUAUCCAUUGCAAAUAAUGUGAUCCAAGGAAUUAUUUUCAGUCUUUCUGAAGUGUUGGCUAUUUCACAAAAUAAUCACGGGAAUCCACAUUUUGGGGGUGGGAGAUUUACUAGGGCACUGAAAAAAAUAAAUACAUCAUAUAACUGUAUUAGGACUUAGGAGGAAGAAGUCAGAAUUAGAAGAAUAAGAGCUGUUCUAAUGUAAUGGUAUAGGAGCCAGUUGGAAAUAGCAGGAUUUGAAGAUGGAAUGUUGUGUUUUACAUUUCAUAGCUUGAUGUGAAGGGAAAUUAAGAAAUGCUUUGAAAUGGUGCAUGUUAGCUAGCUCCAGGGACUUAGUACCUAACAGCUUAUGAACACACACAACAAAAUUGAUUUAGUUAAACCAAUGCCAU